AUGGCAACCAAAUGGGUUCUUCCUCUAAUCCUAUCCUUGUUUAUAGCUGCUCUUAGUUUAGCAGCAGCAGCAAAGCCAGUGUUGCCACCAGUUUUCAUACUGGGUGAUUCAACUGCUGAUAUAGGGACCAAUAACUACUUGCCAGGUAGCACGGCAAGGGCAGACUUUCCCCAUAAUGGCAUUGACUUUCCUAACUCACCAAGAGCCACUGGAAGGUUCAGCAAUGGCCUCAACAGUGCUGAUUUUCUAGCCCGGCAUUUUGGUUACAAGAGAAGUCCAAGGCCCUUUCUUUCUCUCAGUGCUACUUCUCUUCAAAAGAAGAAGUUCAGAGGUAUUAACUUUGCUUCUGGAGGGUCUGGUCUUUUUGACUUAACUGGACAGUCACUCAACAACCAAAAGAAUGUAGUCCCAUUAACCGAGCAGAUACAGCAAUUUUCAUCCGUCAAGAACAGUCUCACGGCCUUAAUGGGUGCAGCAGCAACUAAGAAGUUUCUUUCGAAGUCUUUGAUCUUCAUCAGCAUUGGAAGCAAUGACCUUUUCAGAUAUUACCAUUCAAACAGUUCCACUCCCAAGGAAAAGUUCUUGUCAUCUUUACUAUUUGCUUAUGAGAACCACUUGAAGAAUUUAUACAACCUUGGAGCAAGAAAGUUUGGCAUCAUUAGCGUCGCCCCGAUUGGCUGCUGUCCAUCUCAAAGGAUUUUCAAUGCUACUGGGGGAUGUUUGGAGGAGUUGAAUGAUCAUGCAGUAGCCUUCCAUUCAAAGCUGGAUUCCCUCUUGUGCAAGCUCAGCACUGAUUACGAAGGCUUUAAGUACUCCCUUGGAAAUUCGUAUGAAAUGACAAUGAACGUCAUACAGAACCCUCUUCCAUUCAAUUUUACACAAGUGGAAGCUGCAUGUUGUGGAGCUGGGAAGCUCAAUGCUGAAUCCUACUGCACACCAAAUGCUAAUCUUUGUUCAAACCGCGACCAAUACUUGUUCUGGGAUGUAUUCCAUCCAUCGCAGGCGGCUUCGAAGUUGGCAGCUGUGACCCUCUACUAUGGAGGACCAGAAUAUGUAUCCCCAAUUAACUUCGCUCAGUUAGCCGAGGCUUAG